AUGAAGUUAUCUGGGUGGAUCUCGGCCACAUUCCUCGCCUCGACCGUUUUAUCGAUAGAAACCCUCCCCUUUUCUCCUCCGGAGACGCCAGAGUCCGGACAAGGAGCAUAUGACAUCCUCCGGCGGUUAUUGAAGCGAGAUGGCGACUGUCCGGCCGGGUACAAUGCCUGCUCCAACAUGGAUAAAGACGACAUCUGUUGCAGGCAGGGCUCCAAGUGUGCUCGUGACGAAGCCGACAACAUCGCCUGCUGUCCGACCGGAGCAAGCUGCACGGGGAGUCUAACAGGAGGGUCUACGGGUGCCGGAGCGUCCAGCACGAGCUUCCGAUUCCCCAAAACCGCAACGGCGACCCAGACGACCGCUCCGAACGACGCUACGAUCACCGGCUCAACGUUGCCCGGCGCUUAUCCUUUCAUCUACGUCCCUACCUCGUUCUCGAACGCCGGCGUGUGUUCGUCCUACUAUUCCAGGUGCGAAGACGACUAUACGCGAUGUCUGACAUCGCUGGGCGGGGGCUACGCCGUCACAGUGGGUGGCGACGGCGGCGGAGUCACUCGCGAGGGUGGCUCAAAGCCGUCUGCAGUCUCGACCUGUUCCAGCUUGAGUCAAGAAGCCUGCCAUGGGCUCAACCUGGGAUACUGCGGGACGUAUCAUACUCAGACCGAUGAUGAAAGCCGAGGCAGUUCAGGGCGGACCACCAGUCUGCAGGAUCUCGUCUUCGGCGUGAUCAUUGGAGCGGCCGGAAUGCUCGUGUGA